GCGGCGCAGUCGAUAGCGCGCUGGACUUCCGGCUAGAAGGUGUGAAGGCCACUAUUAUCUGUAAUGGAAACGUAUUUCCAAAUUGCCCCAAUAAUCGUGUCAGAUGUAAAUGUAGCUGUUUGCUCCGCCCCUAGUGGUAUAUUGUUAAACCGUGUUGAGGUCCACUCAGUAUCGCAGUUUUGUUUCAACGGAGAGGCGUCUAGGGGGGAAAGAGAGCACCGGGGAAACGGCAGCAUUACGCUCAGACAGACCCGAUGCGCGCUUUGGGUGAUUCGCGACCAUAAACCAUUUUCUGGUUGAUUGACAAGCCCGUCGUCUAAUCAAAUCGAAUCGUCGCCAUGAUUGCGACAGGCGGCCUCUUGCGUAUAAACCGGCGCCAGGACUCCCAGCACUCUAAGAACCAAGCUGAGAACAAGAGGAAGAGGAAACAAGCCAAGAGAAAGAAGAACGAUGUGGUGGUGGUGAAGGGGAAACUCAUCCUGUGUUCCCCACCUGGGCUGGCGGCCACGGUAGGAGUGGUGAUGGUGAUGGUUGGGAUAGCCAUGGCUGUACUGGGCUACUGGCCACAUGAAGAACACAGCCAGAGGUAUCCAUCCAGGCUAUCACCAGGGGAGGAGCGGAGAGACAACGGCAGGAUGAGCUACUCCAAGAGCCCUCUGGUGUCUGUUACCUGGAACGAUAAUAAGGACAACAACACAGCCAACCAGACUGUUGGAGAGAUGACCAACCAGACUGUCGGAGAGAUGACCAACCAGACUGUCGGGGAGUUGACCAACCAGACUGUCGGAGAGAUGACCAACCAGACUGUCGGAGAGAUGACCAACCAGACUGUUGGAGAGAUGACCAACCAGACUGUCGGGGAGGUGACCAACCAGACUGUCGGGGAGUUGACCAACCAGACUGUCGGAGAGAUGACCAACCAGACUGUCGGGGAGUUGACCAACCAGACUGUCGGAGAGAUGACCAACCAGACUGUCGGGGAGUUGACCAACCAGACUGUCGGAGAGAUGACCAACCAGACUGUCGGGGAGUUGACCAACCAGACUGUUGGAGAGAUGACCAACCAGACUGUUGGAGAGAUGACCAACCAGACUGUCGGGGAGAUGACCAACCAGACUGUUGGGGAGUUGACCAACCAGACUGUCGGAGAGAUGACCAACCAGACUGUCGGGGAGUUGACCAACCAGACUGUUGGAGAGAUGACCAACCAGACUGUUGGGGAGAUGACCAACCAGACUGUCGGGGAGUUGACCAACCAGACUGUCGGAGAGUUGACCAACCAGACUGUCGGAGAGUUGACCAACCAGACUGUCGGAGAGAUGACCAACCAGACUGUCGGGGAGUUGACCAAUCAGACUGUCGGGGAGUUGACCAACCAGACUGUCGGAGAGAUGACCAACCAGACUGUUGGGGAGAUGACCAACCAGACUGUCGGAGAGAUGACCAACCAGACUGUCGGAGAGAUGACCAACCAGACUGUCGGGGAGUUGACCAAUCAGACUGUCGGGGAGUUGACCAACCAGACGAGUGUCGAGUUGACGAGCCAGACUAGUGUUGAAUUGAUGAACCAGACAAGUGUUGUUGUCAAUGGAAGUUUACCUGUACUUGUACCUGAUAAUGGUAGUGUACUUGUAUCGGUAUCUACCCCUCCUCCUCCUAUACCCUCAGGUGGGUUGCUCUCUGAGUUCUUGGACAACUAUCUGUACUCAGACAACCUGAAGGUGUUUGGGCCUUUAGUCAUGGGGAUGGGCAUAUUUAUCUUCAUCUGUGCAAAUGCUGUGCUUCACGAAAACAGAGACAAGAAGACCAAAGUCAUCAACCUUAGAGAUAUCUACUCCACGGUCAUCGACAGCCACAGCACACGGAUCAAGGACUACUCGCCGAGUAACGGAAUGGUCAACUACGUACAGUCCAGAGGUAGUGUUGAUGUACAGUGGCAAGAAAAAAGGUCUUUCAACCCCGGUGAAAUGCUAGAGCUUGGUUGCAGCUCCUGGCUUUCCAAUACCGGGUCCGGCCACCAGGGGGAGUCUGUCAGCACUGAGCAGCAAUACAGAAGACCAUCGAUGGCUGGGAGGCAGCAUAGCUGGUCUAGAGACAACCAGACAUUCACAGACACUGUCUACAGUAUCUACAGGGACCAAAAGCACAGGUGUUUGGAGCAGGUGGCCUACCCGAGACACUGGGACUCAGAGCAGGCCUCGCUCCCCAGGCAUCGGGACUCAGAGCAGGCCUUGCUCCCCAGUCAGUGGGACUCAGAGCAGGCCUCGCUCCCCAGGCAGUGGGAGUCAGAGCAGGCCUCGCACCCCAGGCAGUGGGACUCACAGCAGGCCUCGCUCCCCAGGCAGUGGGACUCAGAGCAGGCCUCGCACCCCAGGCAGUGGGACUCAGAGCAGGCCUCGCUCCCCAGGCAGUGGGAGUCAGAGCAGGCCUCGCACCCCAGGCAGUGGGACUCAGAGCAGGCCUCGCUCCCCAGGCAGUGGGACUCAGAGCAGGCCUCGCACCCCAGGCAGUGGGACUCAGAGCAGGCCUCGCUCCCCAGGCAGUGGGACUCAGAGCAGGCCUCGCACCCCAGGCAGUGGGACUCAGAGCAGGCUCCAUCAUCUCUUCAUCUGUCAAAGCUUUCAAGCUCCCUGUCAUCAAACUGAACAGCUGUGAGGUGGAGGAGAAGGGGGGACAGGCCGAGAGAGUGGAGACAGAGGGGUGCUUGGUGGAGGAGGAAGGGGGACAGACCGAGAGAGAGGAGACAGAG